AUGCCUUACAGAAACGACAGAAAAAAAUCUGCAAAAAGAAACCCAGAUUCCAUUAUCCAUGGCCGUGUUCCUAGCAAAAAGACGAUCAAAAAACAUUUAAGAAAUGGAAAAUAUUCUUUACAGCGUCUAGCUGAACAAGGAAUCCAUUUGGACGAUGCUAUGAUGGAAAUCGAAGCUGUGAGCGACAACAAAGAAAGGAAAAACAAAAACAAGCUUUUUGGCAAUUCUGAAGAAGAACAACAGGAUAACUUUAUGAGUGUCGAUCAACCAGCGGGCAAGGGCACAAUUCUCGGCGUUCCUCCAUCUUUUUAA